AACAUCCGGCUGUAGCUUCUCAACAUAAACAGAAAUGGCGGAGGCAGCAGCAGCGUCUACCGUGGCUCCUUCAGUAACAGGAGGUUGGACAAAACACGUAACCUGCAGGUAUUUCAUGCAUGGUCUUUGCAAAGAAGGAGACAGCUGUCGAUACUCUCAUGAUCUUUCAAGCAGCAAACCUGCAGCCAUGAUAUGCAAGUUCUUUCAGAAGGGAAACUGUGUGUUUGGAGAUCGCUGCAGGUUUGAACACAGUAAACCCAUAAAGAAAGAGGAGCUGCCAAACACCCAGACGCUGCCGCUGGCCUCUGUCUCCCAGGCCGACCCGGCUGACCCAACCGACCCGGCUGACCCAGAACCAAGGGACAUGUCGCCUAGGUCAGGGGCUCAGGACUGGGUCAACGCUGCAGAGUUUGUUCCAGGACAGCCGUACUGUGGACGAGCUGAGCCAGUGAAAGUGGAGAGCUCGGCCCCACUCAUUGAGGAGUUUGACAGCGACGCAGGCCCAGACAACAAAGACCUGAGGAAGCAGCUCUGUCCGUACGCUGCUGUUGGAGAGUGCCGCUAUGGAGUCAACUGUGCUUAUCUCCAUGGUGACGUGUGUGACAUGUGUGGCCUGCAGGUCCUCCAUCCCAGUGACAGUUCCCAGCGCUCAGAGCACACCAAGGCGUGCAUUGAAGCUCAUGAGAAAGACAUGGAGAUUUCUUUUGCCAUCCAGCGCAGUAAGGACAUGAUGUGUGGUGUGUGUAUGGAGGUCGUGUUCGAGAAGUCCAACCCAAGCGAGCGUCGUUUCGGGAUCCUCUCCAACUGCAGCCACUGCUACUGUCUGAAAUGCAUUCGCAAGUGGAGGAGUGCCAAGCAGUUCGAGAGCAAAAUUAUCAAGUCCUGUCCAGAGUGUCGAAUCACAUCCAACUUUGUCAUCCCGAGUGAGUACUGGGUGGAGGACAAAGAGGACAAGCAGAAGCUAAUCCAGAAAUACAAAGAUGGCAUGGGGAGUAAACCAUGUCGGUACUUCGAUGAGGGUCGUGGAACUUGUCCUUUUGGCUCAAACUGCUUCUACAAACACGCCUUCCCUGAUGGACGUCUAGAGGAAGCUCAGCCGCAGAGAAGACAGACUGGAUCCAAUAACAGGAACCGGAACUCGAGGCGGACGCCACUGUGGGACAUCUUUGACGAGAGAGAAAGCACCGACUCGUUCGACAACGACGACGAGGAAAUGGUGACGUUCGAGCUGAGUGAGAUGCUUCUCAUGCUGCUUGCUGCAGGAACCGACGACGAAGUGACGGAUUCAGAGGACGAAUGGGACUUGUUUCACGAGGAGCUCGACGAUUUCUAUGAGAUUUACCUAUAGCGGCUCCCUCUUAACCACACCACCCAUAUACUCUAGACAUUAGAAUGGACUGUCUUGUGUGAGUGAUGGACAGUAGCUUCCCCUCUGUAUUGUGGCAGUGCCUUUAAGCAGGCCAUGAAUAAUAAAUGAACUUAUAAAAACUAAAAAAAAAAAAAAAAAAAUCCACCUCCGUGCGCUCGUGCUAAACAUUUUAUAGACCUCUAUCCUUGUGAGUCUUUCUUGCGUGGUUUAUUAAAUACAAAAUGAGAAAAAGAAGUCAAUAUAAAAUCUAACUAAAGUAACCAUUAAGAAAUUGCUAAGACAUUGUCCAGUUUGUUUGUGGGUUUGACUUGUUUAUCAUCUAUCCAGGUAUUUGUACAUACUUCUGAGACUCUGCACUUGAACUUACUCAGCACCGUUUACUGUAACUCAGAUGGGCAUGUUGUAAGACUUUACAUAUGGUUGUUGAAGGCCGGGACUUCUUUUCUGUCUGUUUAUAAAGCUGCUGAUGUUUAAUAAAUUUACCAUAAUCACUU